GAGAGGAAGAUCAUGUCGGCGCUGUUUGGAAAUUUGAUUAUUUUCUUAAAAUUUCUGGUCAUAUUUCCAGCACAUGCCCUUGACAAUGGCUUAGCCAUCACUCCACCAAUGGGAUGGAUGGCAUGGGAGAGAUUUCGAUGUAACAUAGACUGUGACGAUGAUCCACAAAAUUGUGUCAGUGAAAAAUUGUUCAUGCAAAUGGCUGAUCGCAUUGCUGAAGAUGGCUUUCAAAAAGCUGGAUACAAAUACGUCUGUAUAGACGAUUGCUGGGCUUCCUACAAUCGCACAUUAGAAGGUGAUCUUCAGCCAGAUCCUACAAGAUUUCCAAGUGGAAUUAAGAAGCUUGCUGAUUAUAUUCAUUCCAAAGGUCUCAAGUUUGGAUUAUAUGCAGAUUAUGGUCAUCUAACCUGUGAGCGUUAUCCAGGAAGCAUAGACUACAUUCAGCAGGACAUGCAGUUGUUUGCUGACUGGGGUGUGGAUUAUCUUAAGAUGGACGGUUGUUUUGCUGAUCCUCUUACAUUUGACGAGGGUUAUCCCACAGUAACAAGGGCACUGAAUGAAACAGGGAGACAUAUUGUGUUCUCCUGUAGCUGGCCUGCGUAUCAAGUGUGGGGUGGAAUGACGCCCAAUUACCAGCUCAUUGCAAAGCACUGUAAUUUAUGGAGGAAUUACAAUGACAUACAGGAUUCUUGGCUCAGUAUGGUUAGAAUUGUUGAAUGGUAUGGUGAUCACCAACAUGAAAUGAUACCUGUUGCUGGACCAGGACAAUGGAAUGAUCCCGACCAGCUGUUGAUUGGAAAUUUUGGUCUUAGCUAAGAACAGUCUAAGUCACAGUUUGCUCUCUGGGCAAUUCUGGCUGCUCCUCUCAUGAUGUCAAACGAUCUUCGUGAUAUUGCUCCAUGGGCCAGGGAAAUAUUAUUAAACAUGGAGGUGAUAGAUGUGAAUCAGGACAAACUGGGAAAGAUGGGGCGACGAGUGACUCAGUCCCCCAGGAGGUUUACUGAGGUGUGGUGUCGUCCGCUGCAUGAUGGAUCUGUUGCUGUGGUUUUGUCCAGUCGUAGAGCUGACCAGCCCAUUCACAUUGAGGCGUUCUUCCACGAGGUUGGUCUGCCUACCAUCAUGGCGAAGGCACGCGAUCUUUUUGAACAUAAGGACCUCGGCACAUUCAAGAAAAGCUUCAGGGCUAAAGUUAACCCUAGUGGGGUAGUCAUGGUCAAAUUGUCUCCUAUACAUUAUGAGUUGUGAGAUGGAUCAGCAGCAGUUUGUUUUUUUAUUUAAAAUUAUUAUUUAUUUGUAAAACCGCCUCCCGGUUAGCUCAAUGGAUA